AUGCCGUUGGCUUGGAAUACGUCCGUACAGGGUGCGGAACUUGCAAGAGUUGGUCAUCUUCAUAACUGUGUAAUUUGUCGGCUAAUUUUCCUGGCAGUCCGCAAGGUCAAGUGUGACGAGGCCCGUCCAGCCUGCAAGAGAUGUACCUCGACAGGCCGAAAAUGUGAUGGGUAUCGAGUUGACUUUCACAGCCCGUCAAGUUCCGUGACUGUUCCGGUGGGUGUAGGGUCCAUCUACGCCCUGACACCCCAGGCAAGGUCGUUACAGUUCUUUACGGAAAAGACUCUCGCCGGUCUCCAGACCUUCUUUCCCGACCAUUUAUGGAAUACCAAGAUUCUUCAGGUAGCCCAGUCUACCGAAUGCAUCAGGAACGCAAUCAUCGCUUUGGCCUCGUUCCACGAGCAGUAUCUGAAGGCCACCUCAGCGCAACAACCCGACUCAAAGUUUGGGUUGGGUCACUACAAUCUUGCCAUCAGGCAGUCAAUCUCCUUCUCAAAUGAGAUAUCAUCACCGCCACACAUACCAAUUCUCUCUUGUCUGAUAUUUGUAUGCAUCGAAGUCCUCCAAGGCAAAAUUGAAUCAGCCAUCGCGCUCUUCAAGUACGGCAGCAAAAUGAUUCAACAGUAUCAAUCUGAUAUUUGCUCGGUCAACCAGUUUGGGAAUUGCUAUCUCAAUACUCAGCUCCGUUCUGAUGCUGUGAUGACCCUGCAGCUCGCUAAGGCAUUGUUCAAACGCAUCGCUGUCCAGAUCUACAUGCUCACUGGAGAUGUGGACACUGAGCUUGUUAUUGCUUUCAAAAACACAUUCGGAGGCACAUAUCCUCUCCAUGAUCUGCCCUUCAGAUGCCUUGCCGAGGCAAGAGAAGCGCUUCUAGACAUAAUCGUAGAGCAAGCCAGUCCCGGGCUCAAAGGAAAAGACGCAGAGCAGCUCAUGUUCCAUUCCGUCAAGAUUAGACAGUGGACUUCUUCAUUCGACGCCCUCGUAGCCAACAACUACUCUGGCGAGAAACCAGUAAGCGAUGUCGAGCGGAGGGCCAUUGCGCUUCUGCAAGUGUACCGACAAUACCUUGAGAUCAAUGUCGCCAAAUAUGCCUAUGGCCAAGGUGACCCCUGCUUCUGGGAUCGCUUUAUGGCAGAGUUUGGCAACAUGGUCAAUAACGCCGCUAUCGCGACCGGCCUUGAUGGAAAGGGAUCAGAGCAAACUUCCAAGUCGCUUUUCCACAUGGACAUUGGCGUUUCUUCAAUCCUCUUUUCCAUAAUUGCAAGAUGUCGGGACCCAACGAUACGGAGGAAGGCAAUCGGAAUUAUGCUUGCAGACAGGUCCCAGGAAGGCGUUUGGAACUCGUCGCUAGCAGCCCAAGGUGCGAUCAAGCUGAUGGAACUCGAGGAAAGUCGAAGCGGAAAAGAAGUCAAGCGCAGUCAAGAUAUCCCUGAGGAAGCGAGAGUACGAACUGUGCGUCUGUAUUUGGAGAGUGGCAAGAGGACAGCCAAGAUGGUAUAUGGGUUUGAUCAGGGUUCCUGGGAGUGGACGAUGCCGUCUUAA